AUGCUGCUGCUCGCGGCCCGCGCCGCGAGCCUCGCGCGGCCGGCGCGCGUGCUCGGCCGGCGCGUCGCACUGCGCAGCGGCGACGGCGAGGCGGCGUGGCCCGAGGCGACGCUCGCGAAGAUCGCCGCCGGCGCCGGCACGCCCGCGGCCCUCGCGGCGCUGAAGGCGGAGCUCGCCGUCGCCGGCGACGCGCCCGACGCGGCCUACGGCGCCUGCUUCCCCUUCCCGCUCGACGCCUUCCAGCGCGACGCGCUCCGGAGUUUGCGCGCGGACCGCAACGUCAUCGUGAGCGCGCCGACGGGCAGCGGCAAGACCGUCGCGGGCGAGCUCGCCAUCGCCUACGCGCUGAGCGUCGGCAAGCGCGUCUUCUACACGACGCCCCUCAAGGCGCUCAGCAACCAGAAGUUCGGCGACUUUUGCGCGCAGUUCGGCGCGGGCCGCGUCGGCCUCAGCACGGGCGACUCGGGCGUGCGCCGCGACGCGGCCGUCGUCGUCAUGACCACAGAGGUCUUCCGGAACAUGAUCUACGACGACGAGGGCCGCGCGGAGAUCGCCAAAGACGUCUUCGCCGUCGUCUUCGACGAGUUCCACUACAUGAACGACGCGCAGCGCGGCACGGUCUGGGAGGAGUCCGUCGUCGGCUGCCCGGCGACCGCGCGCAUCGUCGCGCUGAGCGCGACCGUGUCCAACGCGCGCAGCGUCGCCGGCUGGAUGGCGUCGAUCCACGGGCCCACGGACGUCGUCGAGACGGACUUCCGCCCCGUGCCGCUGCGCUACGAGUUCGCGGGCGGCGGUGAGGUCGUGCCGCUCUUCCGGAGCGCGGACCUCGGGCGGCACGCGCGCGCGCGCGCGGAAGCGGCUCCAGCUCAACCCCGCGCUCGACAAGCCGCGGGAAAAACCGAAGCGCGUCGGCCGCGACAAAUUCGACCGCCGAGGGGGGAAAUCCUGAAGAAUCUUCAAAAGCGCGACCGCCUGCCGGCGAUCUUCUUCGUCUUCAGCCGCAAGGGCUGCGAGAACGAGGCGGCGAACUGCGGGUCGCUGCAACUCUUAAACGUCGACGAGGAGACGCUCGCGCGGAAGCGGAUCCGCGCCUGGGCCCUGGAGAACGAGGACGUCGCGCGCCUCGACAGCGAGCGGGAGCGCGUCGACCUCCUCACGCGAGGCGUCGCGGCGCACCACGCGGGGCUGCUGCCGCAGUACAAGACUCUGGUAGAGGAGCUCUUCCGCGACGGUUUGGUCAAGGCCUGCUUCGCGACGGAGACGCUCGCCGCGGGCGUCAACCUGCCGGCGCGGACGACGGUCGUGACGUCCUUGGUCAAGCGCGGCGACGACGGCAUGGAGCCCCUGACGACGUCCGCGCUCCUGCAGAUGGCCGGCCGCGCGGGCCGCCGCGGCAAGGACGCCGCGGGCACGGUCGUCGUCGCGCGGGGCCGCAAGUUCGGCGACCGCGACGCGGGCCUCGCGCGGCGCGUGCUCCUGAGCGACGUGCUGCCCAUCGCGUCCAAGUUCGCGCCGUCCUACGGCGUCGCGUGCGCGCUGCUCCGCGGCGGCGACCUCGAGCGCUGCCGGGCUGUCGUCGAACGGAGCUUCGGGAGCUAUUUGGCGAAC